AAUUGAGCCAACUGUAACCCACAUUGAAUGUGAGUUUAAUAAGGGUUUUUCAAUCCCCAUCUUCCACCUUUACCUUAUACAUAAUAAUAAAAUAAUUCAAACCCACAUUCAAACAAUGGAGCAGGAGGAAACCGUCAACAGCCUCCGAACCCGAUCAAAAGCAGCACCCGAUUGGACAGUGGAAGAAUCCCUAAUUCUAGUCAACGAAAUAUCCGCAAUCGAAGCCGAUUGUCGCGGCACGCUGUCCUCUUUUCAGAAAUGGAAAAUAAUAGUUGAAAAUUGUAAUGCAUUGGAUGUUAACAGGAACUUGAACCAAUGCCGAAGAAAAUGGGACACUUUGCUUUCGGAUUACAAGAGAAUUAAACACUCUGGUUCGAAUAAACCUAGUUUUAAUUUUGAGUUGUUUAAGGUUGUUGAAAGGCAUGUCAAGGAUUAUGGGUUUGAUUCUGAUGCUGAUGAUACUGAUCCUGAAGAUUUGGUACAAAUCCCCGAGGUUGGGCUAUAUGGUUCGAAGAAUCAAAGGGCUAAGGCUGUGCCAGCACAGAAACACACCAUCGAAGAAAAAGAAAAGCCAAUGAGACAUCUGAAAAGCGAAGACAUUGAAGUUGAGGAAUGCAGUUCAGAGAAACGAGUACGUCGCCGCAGAAAUACAGUAGAUGAAAGUACCAAGCUUGUUGAAAUCAACCUAGGGGAGCAUGAACAAAACAUAGCCGAGAAACUGAGACAUAAUGCAGAACUAAUUGAAGCUAUUGUCAAAGAGCAAGUAGGUGUGGAUUUAAUCAAUGACCACAAUGAUUUAUUCGAGUUAAGUAGGAUCAAUGGUGAUAAGAUUAUAAAUUGCCUCGGCAAUCUUGCAAGUACCCUUAACGAGCUUUGCAAAAUGCAAACCAAUUCAGUAGUUUAGGGCUUUUUUGUUGGUUCCUAGUAGGUCCUUAGGUCAGUCUACUUUGUUGUAUCUAGUCAAUGUAGGUUUUGUGUCAUGUGUUCUCUUGUAAAACCUUUUAUCCAUGUAGUAACUUAAUCUAGUGGUGUCAUUUUCUGCCCUA